UAACAUUUGUUAUAAAUAUUUCUCUCUUUCCUCACAACUUCUUCACAUUAACAAACUCUCAAACUUCCUCAUCUUUUCUUUCUUACAUAAACAAUUUUUGUUUUUUGUUGUUGUCAUGACGCCGACAGUUAAAACGGCGGCAGUCAAAACCAACGACGGUAACGGAGUCCGUUACAGAGGAGUGAGGAAGAGACCAUGGGGACGUUACGCAGCCGAGAUCAGAGAUCCUUUCAAGAAGUCACGAGUCUGGCUCGGUACUUUCGACACUCCUGAAGCAGCGGCUCGUGCCUACGACAAACGUGCUAUUGAGUUUCGUGGAGCUAAAGCCAAAACCAAUUUCCCUUAUUACAACAUCAACCAGUGCUUGAGUUUGAGCCAGAGCCAGAGCCUGAGCCAGAGCAGCACCGUUGAAUCAUCGAUUCCGGCUAUCAACCUCGGAUCUGAGUCUGUUAGUUCGAGAUUCCCUUUUCCUAAGAUUCAGGUUAAGGCUGGGAUGAUGGUGGUUGAUGAAAGGAGUGAAUCGGAAUCGUCGUCGGUGGUGAUGGAUCUUAGCUAUGAAGGACGACGUGUGGUUUUGGACUUGGAUCUUAAUUUUCCUCCUCCAACUGAGAACUAAUAUUUAAUUAUGAUUAUUAGAUAUAAUUAAAUGUUUCUGAAUUGAGUAUUAUUUUAUCAUCAAAGUAGAAGCUUUUAAUUUUAAGUUUAUGUAAGUGGUGCCAAUUUUUGUCAUCAGCAGAAUUUAAAAGAAUUUUUAGUGUUGAGAUCGUGUUUUGUUCCAAUCUGCUGAUUUUUUUUGUAACCAUUAAUUAUAAUUCUGAUCAACUAAAAUAAUACCUUGUUUUGGCA